AUGCUUCCCACUCCUGAUACCUCACAUGUAUCUUUCGAUCGAAUUUACGAACCUGCCGAAGAUUCCUUCCUGCUUCUCGAUACCUUAUCCUCUACCAGUGAAGAAGAGUUCCUACAGCAACGAUUUCCUCAAAAUGGACAAUCUUCAAUAUCUCCAUCUCCAUUUGUGGUAGAGAUUGGCACUGGGUCUGGAGUAGUCCUCUCCUUCGUUCACGCACAUGCGAAAAUUAUAUUUGGCAGGGCGGAUAUCCUUACAGCAGGCGUGGAUGUAAAUCGCUAUGCAUGCGAGGCUACGCAGGAAACAGUUAAGGUAGCGGAGAAGGAACAGAAUUCACAGGCUUUAUCACAUGGUUCAUAUUUAGGAAAUGUGGUGGGAAAUUUGGGGACUUGUCUAAAGCCUGGAAUGGUAGAUGUACUAAUCUUUAAUCCGCCAUAUGUGCCAAGUCCGGAUGUGCCUAUACCAGAGCUGUCUGGAGCAGGAAAUGAGGAUGGGACAUUAACAUAUGAAGGGGACUCGAAAUUACUGGCUUUGUCUUAUGCAGGUGGAGUGGAUGGUAUGGAAAUCACAGAUCGGUUAAUCGAUGCACUGCCGGAGGUCCUGAAUAAGGAGAGAGGUUGUGCCUAUAUCUUGCUUUGUGCGCAAAAUAAACCUGAGGACGUCAAACAACGGAUACGUGGUUUUGGAGAUGAGUGGAAAGCAGAAACUGUCAGUAAUAGUGGAAAGGUUGGGGGAUGGGAAAAAUUGCAAAUUGUUAGGAUUUGGCGCAUGCCACCUAAUGCUUCCUAA